UCCAUAAGUGCAAACUCAUUCAUUGUGAUUUUCCUGCUCGAGAGGAAUAAUCGGUCAUUCAGAAACAUUGUAAAAAUCCUUAAAUUUUCUUUGGUUUUUCCUGUGCAGCGAUUCGAUACGAUCAUGUCGAACUACGCUCCGUUCAUUAAGCCACAAGUGGAGUACAAUGAGCACGGCUGGGGUCCGUGCGAGGUGCCAGAAAUGGAUGUGCCUUAUCAGCCAUUCUGCAAGGGCGACCGCCUGGGCAAGAUUUGCGAUUGGACAGUGCCGCCGCAGGAGCGGAAGUUCGGCAAUAAGUAUGCCUCGUCAUUCGGCAAUAGCGGCCAGUAUGCGUACUUCCACGAGGACGACGACACCACCUUCCACCUGGUGGACACCACGGGCUCCCGCUCCCAAAAGCCAUUCCAGCGCGGUCGCUUUCGCCCGAAUUUGCGUCCCAAUGUUCGCGGGGGCAGAGGUCGCACGGGACGUGGCAGCGGUCCUGCUGGCAUGGGCGGUGGACCAACGGCUGGUGGCGGAACCGGAAAUAGUACGAAAUACGGAAAGACGCGUGACACGCGACGCUUUCAGGGACGCCGCUUCGGCCGUAAUGCCCCCUCCAGACUUCGGGAGAGCUCGGUCGUUGUGCUCUCCGACUGGGUAUCCGUCGAGGAGCUGGACUUUUCACGCCUUCUCAAGCUGUCAUUGCCGAACGUCAAGGAGGGCCUGGACAUUGUCACCUGCGGCUCUCUGGAAUACUAUGAUAAGGUUUAUGACCGGAUCAACCUGCGCAAUGAGCGGGCUUUACUGAAGAUGGACUGCAUUGUGCACACGGUGUCCACCACCGAUGAUCCCGUCAUCCGGCGCCUCUCAAGGACCAUGGGUAAUGUCUUUGCCACCGAUGAGAUUCUGGCCACCAUUAUGUGCUGCACUCGGUCAGUGUACUCCUGGGAUGUGGUCAUCGAGAAGCUGGGCACAAAAGUGUUCCUCGACAAGCGGGACAACGCCCGAUUCGACUUGCUGACGGUGAACGAGACUUCAAUAGAUCCGCCGAUGGACGAGGAAGGAUCUAUUAACUCGGCCCACAGCCUGGCCACGGAGGCUACUCUCAUCAAUCAUAACUUCGGGCAGCAGGUGCUGCGCAGUGGCGAUCAGGAGCCGCGCUUUAAAUUGGACGAGCCGAACCCGUUCCAGGAGCCUGGCGUUCAGCUGGCCUCACUGGGCUACCGCUACCGCCAGUGGGAUUUGGGCAACGGGAUCGUGCUGGUCGCCCGCUGCAAGCACAACGGGGUGGUCCAGGGACCAAGCGGUGAGAUGCAGUUCCUCACGAUUAAGGCACUCAACGAAUGGGACUCGAAGGCGGCCAAUAGCGUCGAGUGGCGCCAGAAGCUGGACACGCAACGCGGAGCAGUCUUGGCCUCCGAGCUGCGGAACAAUGCCUGCAAGCUGGCCCGCUGGACUGUGGAGGCGGUACUGGCCGGUUCUGACCAGUUGAAGUUGGGCUAUGUGUCAAGAGUGAGCCCACGGGACCACCUCCGGCACGUCAUUUUGGGCACUCAGCAGUUCAAGCCGCAGGAGUUUGCCACACAGAUAAACCUCAACAUGGACAAUGCCUGGGGCAUCCUUCGGUGCCUGAUCGACCUGGUGAUGAAGCAGCCGGAUGGCAAAUACCUCAUCAUGAAGGAUCCCAACAAGCCAAUGGUCCGACUGUACGACAUCCCGGAGAACACUUUCGAAUCGGAUGAGGACGACGAGGACGACUCAAGCGAUAUCGUCGCCAACUCCACCGACGUCUAGAGAAUGAUUCUUUUAUUCAUUUGUCGUAUUAUUCAGAUAAACGAAUAAAUCUAAUAGUUCGAAUAAA